ACAACUUCAAGUCAAGCAGGUAAAGCAACCAAAGAAAAUCUGUGAAACUAUCGCCACCUAGUCUGAGUUUCUGUCUGUGUGUGUCUGCUGAAGAUCUACGUCCUGCUGCUCUACAAUGCGGCACAUUCAUUCACUCCUCGCUGGAACAAACACACAAAUGUGGUACCUGUAUAUUCUCGGAUUGCUGCCUGCCUGGUGCGUCUAUCGCUGGUACAAGGAAAGGAAAACAGUGCCCAACAAGGAGGAUAAAUAUGUCUACAUCACUGGCUGUGACUCUGGGUUUGGUAACCUCCUGGCCAAACGCCUGGACACAAAUGGCUUCAGAGUGAUUGCAGGUUGUUACACUGAGAAAGGUGAAGAUGAGCUGAAGAAGGCUGCCUCCGACAGACUGGUGACCUUUCACCUCGAUGUAACCAACUCUGAGAGUGUCAGCAAAACAGCAGCUUCCAUCAAGACUCUGGUUGGACAGAAGGGCCUGUGGGCUGUGGUGAACAACGCUGGAGUUGCUUAUCCGUCUGCUCCCACCGACUGGCUCACCAUAGGCGACUACAAGGCCAUGCUAGCUGUCAAUCUGUGUGGUGUUAUAGACGUAACACUGAGCGUCCUCCCUCUCAUCAAGAAGGCCAAAGGCAGAGUGGUGAACGUAGCCAGUGUGUUUGGACGAGUCACCCCGUUUGGUGGACCUUACUGCGUCUCCAAGUAUGGAGUGGAGUCCUUCAACGACGGUCUGCGUUUAAACAUGAUAACAUUUGGAGUCAAGGUUGCAUGCAUUGAGCCGGGCUUCUUCAAAACAAAUGUGACUGACACGGUGGUGGCGACAGAUAGCCUGAGGAAGGUUUGGGCCAAAUUACCUCAGGGUGUGAAGGACGACUAUGGACCAGAUUUCUUGGAAGAUUCUUGUAAGAUGUUGGAAGACAGGUUUGGUUUGUUGACUGACACCAAUCUGAUGAAGGUGGUCGGCUGCAUGGAGCACGCCAUCUCUGCUGUUCAUCCUCGUACUCGCUACUCCGCCGGAUGGGACGCAAAGUUCUUCUGGUUGCCUUCAGCAUACAUUCCAACCUUCAUCGCAGAUAGACUUUACCUUUUGUCUAUCCCCAAAAUAAAAGUACCUCGAAAGUAGUUUUUGAUAAAUCAGUUGUUGGUAUCAAAAAUUUGGCCAAUUUUUGAAGAUCAUUUUUGUGUCUUAAAUAUUUAUUAUUGUAAAUGUUUGUACAUGAAGGAUCACACCAUGACGCAAAGUAAUUCUGGCAGUUGUCGGACAUGCCAACCUGCAUCACAGAUAGACUUUUCUGUAGAAGAAUCACGAUGUAAAACUAAAACCAUCUGUACUGUAGUUUCCGUUAAAUCAAUUGGCCAAUUUGAAGUUCAUUCAUGUAUGUUAUAUUUUCAGCACAAUAAAUGUUUGUACAUUAAGAAUCAGCAUUGAAUAAAGAAAUGUUUUGUUCUUGAUGGA